AUGCACUCUCAUCCACCCAGUCCCGGUUUAUUGGGAGGAGAAUGCUAUGAAAUGCCCCCCCAGUCAUCUCAUUCUAAUGACCCGAUGCUCGACACCGAAAAGACGCUCAAGCCCAUUCGAUUGGACUUUCGUCAACGGCUGCGCCAUUUCACCUGGGCUUGGUAUACAUUAACUAUGAGCACGGGGGGGUUGGCUCUUCUGAUCAUUAACCAGCCCAACAAGUUCAACGGCAUCUACGAGAUCGGACUGGCUGUCUACGUGAUCAAUCUCGUUCUGUUUGCUCUGGUCUGCUCCUUGAUGGCUGCUCGAUUCAUUAUUCACGGUGGUUUCGUCCAAUCACUUACCCACGACCGCGAGGGCCUCUUCUUCCCUACACUCUGGCUCACCAUUGCGACUAUGAUCACCGGCCUCGAAAAGUACUUCGGUGAUGAUCCUGCGCCCGCAUUUUCCACCACUCUCGAAGUCCUCUUCUGGGUCUACUGUGCGUGUACAUUUGCAGUGGCCGUGAUCCAAUACUCCUUCCUCUUCUCUUCGAUCACAUACCGUCUCCAGACCAUGAUGCCUUCGUGGAUCCUUCCAGCUUUUCCCAUCAUGCUCAGUGGCACCAUUGCAUCCGUCAUCGCAGAACGGCAACCAGACCGAUCCGCAAUCCCCAUUGUCACAGCCGGCAUAACGUUCCAGGGCCUUGGGUUCUGCAUCAGUUUCAUGAUGUACUCCCACUACAUUGGCCGGCUGAUGGAAUCAGGCCUUCCCUGCCGCGAGCACCGACCGGGCAUGUUCAUUUGCGUUGGUCCACCGGCCUUCACAGCCCUGGCCCUCAUCGGCAUGGCACGCGGUCUCCCGGCAACCUUCAGUGUUAUGGGCAGCGAAGAUACUGAAGCGGACGGGCGCAUGAUCGAGAUCCUGGCUCUGGCCGCCGGGGCAUUCCUAUGGGCCCUGAGUUUCUGGUUCUUCUGCAUUGCACUCAUUGCAGUGAUUCGAUCCCCUCCCACCGCAUUCCACCUAAGCUGGUGGGCAAUGGUUUUCCCCAACACAGGUUUCACGCUGGCCACUAUUACCCUAGGCAGCUCCUUCGAGAGCUCGGCCAUCAAAGGAGUUGGGUCAGCGCUAUCCAUCUGCGUCAUCUGCAUGUGGCUUUUUGUUUUCGUCAACCACGUAUUAGCUGUCAUUCGACAAGACAUCAUGUUCCCAGGCAAAGACGAGGAUGUCUCGGAUUGA